AGACAUGUUCUGUUUGAUAAUGAUUUCUUUUGUAAUAAGCACAGAUUAAUUGACUAAAAAGUAAUCAUGUGAUCCUUAAGAUCACCAACCCAAGUAACCCGACCCUACCCACACUGAUCGGGUAGACUCAAUUUUUCAACUCAACCCUACCCUACCCGGCCGAUUUACACCCCUACUUCCUUCUACUUUUCUUUCCUUCCUACCAAACAUACUCUUAGUAUCAGAGCUCUCGGUUUUUUCCCAAGGUUUGACGCCAUGAUCAGUGAUUGGAGCCACUUGAACGCCGAUGAGCGCGAAGUUUCAUACUAUCGGAGAAACAGUGUCGUCGGUGGAGUGCCCACCAACAGCCGCCUUCUCCACCACUUUACCGCCGCCACCAUGACUAUUCUCUACCACCACACCACCACCAUCAUCACCAAAACCACCACCGUACCUGUUAUCCCCAACAGCCACCAUCACCUCCUUCUUCACCAUAUUCCUCACCUCCUCCACCAUGAGUAUUCCAAUCACUCACCUUCACCUCCACCUCCACCACUUCAUCGCCACCGUUAUCAAGACCACCACCGCGACCAGUACGGCCACCACCUUCCUCAAGCAAACCAUACACCACCAUCAAUUGCUCUCUCGACUUCACAGUACCACCACCACAAUCAAUCCCCUCACCAAACACAACCAGAUCUGAGAAAUCCCCAAGAGAUCCAUCGACCUCUCGACCGGACCGACGAUCAGACAUGGAACUUCGUCGAACUCAGCCACUCUCGCCCAACAACACCAAGAAAUCGCCGAGACCCGUCGACGUUCCAUUUCCUCAAUUCGUCGAAGCAGACCCGUUCUCCUCGUCCCGAUUUUCCCCUCGACCUCGGCGUCUCCACCGUCGAAGAGAUUUGGAAUCUCACCAAACACCGUCGUACACGACCACAAAUCAAAAGGAAAACCAGCAAUCGUCUUCGCCAGUUCAAUUCCAACGCAGGCGCAGUCAAGGAAGAAGGUGAACGAUCGGAUUCACCGCUGAAAUACGCUCAAAACGUGUCGCCGGACUCGCCAUGGUUAAAGCCGGCUCGACCAUUUUCACCGGGGCAGAGCGUGCAACUGCGUCAAGAUGACGACAGCGGCGAUAUGGCGGCGAAGAACCGCGACGAGAACCAGUCGCUGCUGCUGGCGUUAUCUCUGACGUCAGCUAAGUCCAAAACCGGCCAGCUCCGGUGCGGGAUCGGCGAUGGCGAUGCUCAAGGUGACGGUGACCAACGAGAAGAAGGUACCUUACACGACGGCGACAACAUUUGCACCCAAAACCUUUGUUGCAGCGGCUGGCCGACUUCGACACUUGGUUCACGACCUGCAGAUGGAGUUCAUUCAAAUGGGCUCAACAAGGCUGCCCUAGCCCAAAAACAAAUGGACCUAUAUCAAUCCGACAAGUCCAGUAAGCAACUUGGACAAAAUCAGACUCUAGGAGGGGAUGUUGACCAAGGGGAAAGGGGCCCAAAUCAUAUUUCGUCAAGGCCGACAACCAAACAAGUGCCCCUGUUCAGAUUCUUACUUCCAACGUGCACAGUGGUUCUAAUCAAGUACACCAACUUGCUAAUACCUCACCCAAAGGACGUGCUCAAGCUCGUUGGAGUCGAUUAGUUCACCAAAGAAAGAAAGAGAGAGUUUGGCACAAAAAUGGGCAAUGAUGAAACAACUUGUGUGAGCAAUUUUUCCUAACUCCUGUUGAUCCAAUUUUAUUUGAACAAUACCGCAAUUGUACGGAAGCGAACCGAUCUGUAAUAGAAUAUGUUGAUGAGUUCCAAAAGCUAAGUAUGAUGCUUGAUGUUGGUGAACUUGAGAUUCAACGUAGUAUUAGAUUUUUUAGCAGUUUAAAGAAAGAAAUUCGAGAAGAAAUCUAUAUAUUGAUGGUGCUGAAUUUGUCUCAUGCUAUUAAUUUUGCAGUGAGAGUUGAAUGUGAUCUUAUGGAGCUUAGUGAGGACACUUAUGAAGGAGGGUCUAAAGAGGAACAAGAGUUGAUUGUUGCGGACUUAAUUGAGGAUGAGCUUAAAUUGUAGAAAGAUGGUUGAGAGGUUGAUGAGCUUGAAUCGAAGAAAGAUGGCUUUGUUGUGAGUGAACUUGAAUUGAAGAAGGAUCUUUCUUGGGUUUAUUAGGAACCUCGAACCAUUUCACAUCCACCUUGUUGGAGACUUCACUAGUGCAUUGAGAGGUUUCAAGACCAAAGGGAUGAGACAGAGUCAAUCGCGUAUAGCUUGGUCAUUUUCAGAGUUCUAUUGGAGGAUUACUUUGGUGCCACUGUGGAUUUGGGACGAGCUUCGAAGAGAGUUUUUAGUUGGAGUCUACAAUUCUCACAAGACUAAUAGUGGUCUCUUUUAUAUUGAGUUCCCCGAGUUUCCUUCAUUCCACCACAUUGCCGCUGGCUACUAUUAGUUCAUUUUCAAGUGCUUUUGGCAAACUUGGGGUCGAGUUCUUUUUUUUUUUUUUUUUUUUUUGAUAGACGGGGGAACUGAUGUUAAGAGAUUUAAGCAUUAAUAGUCAUUUUUAUAUUUUA